CCGGUCCUCGCAGGCCAGACACGGCACAUGCAGGGCAAUUUAAGUGCCACGUUCCUCUCGAUGCGCCGCGAAAACCCCGCGAACGCCGUGCCGGACUAAGGGGUGGGGGGGAGAGGACAUAGCAGGCCCCUCCUAGUGGAGCGUGCGUGUCUCAAGUUGCGGGCACCUUCAUUAUUAGCGCUGACAGGCUGCUGGGCUGGGCUGCCUGCUAUCUCCAGGGCAGGUUAAUGCAGUUCUUACAUAUCAAUCGGCGACUGGCGAAACAUGUGACUUCGCGAACGCAGCGCACCUCACCGCCCGGGCCCUCUGAGGCCCUGGAUCAUUCCUGGAAUGAGUCACGCCCCGGUGCCGUGCCGAUGCCCUGCGAACCCGCGUCUUCCGCGUCUCCAUUGCUGCUGCUGUUCUGACAUGCGAGCGAGCGAGCGAGCGAGUGUAUGUGUGUUUGUGUGUUGUCACUGCUUGCGAACCUCGCACUCUCUCGCGCACUCGCCGUCGAGUCAUCGUCCUCAGGCCGGCUCAUGCGGCUUAUUCAUCGUUGGAACGGCCAGGGCUGUUGUUGGUUAAGUUGAACCUCAAUUUUCAGGAAGUCAUAUCCUUCUUUUCAUUUUUCUUCCCACCUUCUUCCUCAGGCGUCGAUCUAUUAGUUCUUGGGCUUGAACACCUCGAAGUUCUUGUCACCGAACCAUCCUGCUGCUGCUGCUGCUGCUGCUGCCAGGAUAGGCCAAUUGGAACGGGACAUAGGCUUGCCGGACAUAUAUCACCCACACCCACAGCAUAUACACCAUGGACGCCAGCUGCCAGUGUGGUUCCGUCAGGUUCAAGACGCCCCUCGAGAAGCCUCUUGCGCUGUACAUAUGCCACUGCACUGAGUGCCGGAGGCAGACAUCGUCGGCCUUUGGGACGUCAGCAAUCUUUCCCCGCUUCGCACUGCCUGAUGCUGAGCUGCUCAGUGUCUAUAAGCGACCCACUCAUUCCGGGGACACUCUCUACUGCUACUUCUGUAAGAACUGUGGCACGAGGCUCAUCCACACCACACCUAAUAAGAGAGUCGUCUCCGUAAAAGGAGGAUGCCUUGAGGGGCUCGACUGGAAGACCGCCAUACACAUCUGGACAAAAUCUGCGAUGAUACCCAUCCCAGAGGACGCAGAGUCGUACGAGGAGUCCCAGACGACCGGGUACAGCGACUCGCAGGAGACGCUGGACCAGCCGGGGAUGCUGCUGGCCGGGUCCGGCGGCGUGCCCGGCGAGGACAUCCGCGAGGUCCUCAUGCGGGAGAGGCAGGCCAAGAAGAGCGCGGAGCUCGAAGGGCUGGACGUGGACACGGUGCGGGAUAUCGUGCACUAAAAGGAGGCCAGGGGCCAGGGCUUCACCAGGGUGUGGUUGGCUACUUGAUACCAUUUUUGUCACCCUUCGAGAUCUUACGGACCAUAUAUGUAGAGUCUGAUCAAUUUUGGAAACUUCCCAUGUGAUAUGAGACGAGAAUAUAGAGCGAGCCCUGUUCGAAUGUCCGCUACGCGACCACUGUAC